UUCCCCAUUGCCCCUUUACAGCAUGUAAACAACCCCGCCGCGCUGACACUGCUGCAGCUCCGAGCCCGCACACACACAUACCGCGAUGCAGGAGGAGCGCCCGAUGCCUUGUCCCGGCACUCGACAGAAAGGGCAUCUGCCGCGAGCGAGCCCUGGGCUCUUCCACCAAUCCCAGCACGAGGGUGUGUGCGCGUGGCCGGCGCAUUGGAAGGAGGAAGUCGAGCGGGGAGAGAUGUACAGCUGCAGGGACUCCAAGUGCAGCCUGCACAUGGAGCAGGAACUGCCGGGCUGUGUCUGCCGCCAGCGACCAGGGAUCCAGAAUCGCUAACAUGCACGGUCUAGAGAAUGAGGAAGAGUGCCAGCAGAAUAUGGAAACUGAAGAGGCACAGGACAUUUCCCAGCUGUCAGGUGAGACAGGGAGUAAAGAAGCUCUUCCCAUAAAUGACCAACCAGAACAACUUGAGCAGAUGCCUGUCCCUGAAGAUCUAUCAACCAGUGCUGGGGGCAAAAGCAACCCACCGGGUGACAAGGUUAUUGCAAAUUCUAUUAAAGUAGAAACUCCAAGUGAUGAAGAGAAUGGAAGAGCCUGUGACACAAAUGGUGAAGAGUGUGCUGAAGACUUGCGUAUGAUAGAUACUUCUGGGACUAAAUUGAAUGGACCACACAAUGGCCAAGGCAACAAAGCAUUUUCUGGAGUUGGUGGCAUUCGACUUCCAAAUGGCAAGCUGAAGUGUGAUAUCUGUGGAAUAAUUUGCAUUGGCCCAAAUGUCCUCAUGGUGCACAAACGUAGCCACACUGGGGAACGCCCCUUCCAAUGCAGUCAGUGUGGUGCAUCUUUUACUCAAAAAGGCAAUCUACUUCGUCACAUUAAGUUGCACUCUGGUGAGAAACCAUUCAAGUGCCAUCUUUGUAACUAUGCCUGUCGUCGUCGAGAUGCACUUUCGGGUCAUCUGCGAACUCAUUCUGUUGGAAAGCCUCACAAAUGUAGCUAUUGUGGGCGAAGCUACAAGCAACGCAGCUCACUUGAGGAACAUAAAGAACGUUGUCACAAUUACUUGCAGACCAUGGGACUGCACAGUGGUAUAUAUUCAGUGAAAGAAGAAAGCAAAUCACAUGAACUAGCUGAAGGAGUGAGCAAGAUUGGAUCAGAAAGAGCUAUGGUACUGGACAAACUAGCAAGUAAUGUUGCAAAACGUAAAAGUUCAAUGCCACAGAAGUUUGUUGGUGAAAAGACGCUGCAGCUUGGUAUUUCAGAGCUUCAGUAUGACGCUAAUUCAAAUUAUGAAAAGGAGAGUGAGAUGAUGCAGACUCAUGUUUUGGAUCAAGCAAUUAACAAUGCUAUCAAUUAUCUAGGGGCUGAAUCCUUGCGUCCACUUGUGCAAACUCCUGCUGGAAGCUCUGAAGUGAUACCGGUAAUAAGCAACAUGUACCCCAUGCAAAAAUCACAUUCAGAUACUCACAGUCAUACUAACAGUGCCACGAGCCAAAAUGGUGCAGUUGAAAAUCUAAUGCUUAUUUCAAAAGCUAAGUCACAAUCAUCAGAAAGAGAACCAUCUCCAAGCAACAGUUGCCCAGACUCCACAGAUACUGAGAGCAAUAAUGAAGAACGGAACAACCUUAUAUACCUAACUAAUCAUGUAGCUCCGCAGGCAAGAAAUGGUUUGCCAUUGAUAAAAGAAGACCAGAGAUCUUAUGACAUUAUGAGAGCAGGUAUGGAACCUAAUCAAGAAAUCUUCAAAGUGAUUAGUGGUGAUGGAGAACAUAUGAAAGUUUACAAAUGUGAGCACUGCAGAGUACUUUUCCUGGACCAUGUGAUGUUUACAAUACACAUGGGGUGUCAUGGAUUCCGUGACCCUUUUGAAUGCAACAUGUGUGGGUACAGAAGCCAGGAUAGAUAUGAAUUCUCGUCACAUAUAACAAGAGGAGAACAUUGUUUUCACAUGAACUAGUAAACUAUUUCAGACUCCUAUUUUGACUUUUUUUUCAUUUUGUGCGAUUUCAAUGUGCACAAAAAGUAGGAGAAAAAAGAAAUGAACCGAAAAUCUUGGUGAAAUGUUAUUUUUAUUGAACUUCAUUUACUUCUCUGAUCCAAACUGUUUACUGUAAAGUGCGAACAGAGUUUUAUACACUGGACAGUAUCAUACUUCUCUGAAGUAAUACAUCUGAAAGAGAAUUCUUGAGAUUGUAUUUAUCAAAAUAUGGCACUUAAAUUAUUACUUAAUGUCUAUGAUCAAUUGAAUUGUAUAUGUGAACAGUUCAGCAGAAACCUCAAAUACAUGGAUAGAUAAAAGCUUGCCUUUUUAUUAGUUUGUAAGGUACAGUUCUAGAAUUUUUAAACAACUUGGAGCUUUUCAGUUUAGCUUUCUUUAAAAAUGGAUUGAUCGAUAGUGUGUGAGUAAUUUAGUGUUGUAAAUUGUAGAAUUUGGCACACAUAUAGUCUUGUUUCUUGGGACAUUGUUUUUUUGUAUAUACUUAUCAGUUUAAACGUAAGUAACAUGCUACAUGUUAAAACUCAGUAAUACCUAUGUAGUAUCUUGAGAUUCAUCAUUUACACAGAAUUCAUACCUAAUGACAUUGGCUGCAUUGUGGAAAAUGUUUUCUUGACAAAAAUGUCACUUUUCAUUGCUGUUAUAAAUGUAUAAGUGUUUAUUAAUGUAAAUCUAUAUUUCAGUGCCAAUAAUGUAUGGUUUAUUUAUUACAAAAUGUGUUAAACUGGAUUAAUCACCUUACAUUUCUAAAUGAAAUUUUGACACAAAUUUAGAUAUACAACAUAAGUCAAGCUAAAAUAUCUCAACCUUCAGACUCAUCUGGUAGGGGUGCCACUGUACACUGAAAAUAUGUCCUGACUCCAUUGCCAUUUAUCUUUUCUCUUUUGAAUAUUUAUCUGCUUUUAUUACAGAUUUGAAUCCUGCGAUUAUUUUAUUUUAGAAAAUGUUUUGUCUUAAUAACUGCAUUAAUAUAUGUCUCAAUUUCUCCUA